ACGAAUCAGAAGGUUGCGGCUAAAGUAUUUAAUUUUUUUAAAGUAUCAUGGAUCUAUGGAGGACUGUCAAAAAUUUUAAAUUUACUUCCAGGUCCACUAAGGGCUUGUUUUUAAUCGAAUUCGUCGUUCCCAGGCACAAAAACCUACAUUCGCGCCUGCUACAGAAUCAUUAGCCCCUCGCAUCAAAUUCCCAUGAACGAAAAACGAUGCGCCCAUUUGGACCCUCCAGCCCUUACGCCGAUUUCUUGCAACGAAGAGCCAUGCAGCGCAGCUUAUUGGGAUGGCUUCUGGGGCCAGUGCUCAGUAUCAUGUGGAGAAGGCGUUCAGCAGUUUAUUCCGCAGUGCAAACGCAAUCUCAAUGGAAAACUGAUCGUUGUUAGUGAUGUGCAAUGCGCUCCCAACAAGCCAAGCCCAGAAACCAGAGCCUGCCAGGAACGGGAGUGCGAGUUGUUUAGAGGACUGUCCGAUAACGAACUGCCCCAGACGGCGGAGACUGGCAGACCUGCAAUUAUCAGCAGAAAGGAAUGGAGUGUUGGAAGCUGGUCCUCGUGCUCAGUGACAUGUGGAAAUGGACACAGGACACGGUCAGUCAUCUGUCCUUCGGGACAGUGCCAUCCUGAGAAUCGACCAGCACAUGCGGAGUACUGCAAUCAGGGCUCUUGUGAUUCUUCGAAUUACGACCCUUCACCCUCACAGCCCAAAAUUGCAGUGUCGCCCCAGUUUACUCAUCGAAGUGGAAUUUCAUCGUGGCUGGUUACCGAGUGGUCUCACUGUUCAGUACAAUGUG